CUACUUUUUCUAUGCAGGUCCCUACCCAUGCAGCCCAUGACUCUCCUUCCUCCCCCUCCUCGGCUGCUCCUGUUGCGUCAUCCUCUCCUGUGGACAAUAGCGAGAAUGCCCCUUUAUCACCUUCCAAAGCUCCAACAAAGAAGCCUCCUCAACGUAGUCAUCAAAUGGCUACCCGCUCACAGCAUGGUAUCUUCAAACCUAAGAAGCUUUUUAUGACAUCUACUACUUUGUCCCAGCCUCAGGAACCUUGUUCAGUUAAGGAGGCUCUUAUUGAUCCAGCAUGGAAAACAACAAUGGAAAAGGAAUAUGAGGCUCUUAUUGGCAAUGGCACAUGGGAGCUCGUUCCUCUUCCCCCCGGCUCAAAUUUAGUUGGUUGUCGUUGGGUAUUUCGGAUCAAACGUCAUCCUGAUGGCUCAAUUGACCGGUACAAGGCUCGUUUAGUGGCCAAGGGCUUCCAUCAGCGCCCUGGCGUCGAUUAUCAUGACACUUAUAGUCCAGUUCUCAAGCCUGUCACAGUUCGAACUGUGUUUACCAUUGCUCUGUCCCAUUCUUGGCCGAUUCUUCAAUUCGAUGUGAAUAAUGCAUUCUUGCAGGGUCCCUUACAGGAGGAGGUGUUUAUGGUUCAACCACCGGGUUUUACAAGUACUCAUUUUCCCUCUCAUGUGUGCCGCCUUAAACAGGCUAUUUAUGGCUUACGUCAAGCGCCCCGGUCUUGGCAAUGAUUCUAGCUUCAUUCGUUCUUUUCAACAAGCAUUGGCGAC